AUGGGAAAGGGUGUAAAGGGGAAAGGAAAAGGUAAGGAGGAAAUGAGGAAAGGAAAACGUUUGACGGAUCCUCAAUUACAGUCUCUAUUCAGUGAUUUAAAAAUUCACGACAAGGAAGAAAUUGCAUUCAAGCACUUGAAAUCCGAUGGGAAAGAUCUAGAUGGAUUAGGGGAAGCAAGAUUAAGAAAGAAGUUAAUUGGUAUAAUGAGUAGCUAUGAUCUGUUGGAACACUUUGCUGAUACAGAUGAUCCCGAAGUACUUCAAAAACACAAAUCUCUUAACGACGGCAGUAAUUAUGUAGCAAAAAAUGUUUUCAGGGAUAAGAGAUUGAAUAAACUGUGGGCUAAGGCUGAAAUGGCUGGCUUUACUCAUGACGAGCUUAGUGCCUUAAAGGAAGAAUUUACACAUCAUCAGGAUAAAUUAGAAGAAUAUAUGAGCCUUCUUACAGACAUAGAAACUGGAGAUAUGGAAAUUCAAGAAAACAGCCUUCAUGAAAAACCUGAAAGCUGGAAUAUACUUGAUGCAGAGGAGACAAAUGAAAUACCAGGGAAAAAACUUAAUUAUUUGGGAAAGGCAAAUUUAGUUCGGGAAAAGCACUUGGAAAUCAAAAGUGGAUUUGAUCACUUAAAAAGACUGACUGCCAAAGGUCCCAAUCAUAAGGAAUUUUUAGAACCAAAAGUGCAAGGUCUAUGGAGAAUUGCACUUGCAGCUAAAUUUACUUCUAACGAACUUGCAUCUUUAAAGGAAGAACUUUUACACUAUGAAUCAAGAUUGCUUAAACUACGUCAUUUACACACAGAGGCGGCCCUUGUGGCAGCUGGGAAAGGAAAACCUUACGAUAUUGAUAAUGCUACGAAUCAACAACACAUAAAAAAACAUGCCCGAACCGUAGAGAAACUUCACAUAGAGCUUGAAGCAAAAAUUAUGCAAAAACAUUACGAACUAUAGUAUCCAGGUUAAGCAUUUUGCUUCCGACUUUAGUGCCAAGACGCAUUAAACAAUUAGACGAUUAAACAUGUGUGAUUUGUGCUUCAUGUUAUUGAAUCUCAAUAUUAAGAUUGCAUGUUUUUAAUGAUAUAAAUAACUAAUAAUAACUAAUAUUAAAUCUUUAUAUUCUGUAGAUAUAAACAUAUUGAAUGGCUCGUUACAAGUAAACUAAUUAGAGGUAUAGUUAAAAGAACGAUUAGAAUUUGUUUUUGGACAAAGAUAUACAAUUAAAGUUUCACUUACGAGAAGAAAAAUUGUGCACGUUUAAGAAAGGUUGAUGCCUUCUGUUGUUUUAUAAAUACAGUCGAAUCAGGGUUUAGUAUUUCUGGAUUUAGCGUUUACGAGAAUUGACACCGCGCGAUGGGGAUAUGGAUGAGAGGAGCUGCAGGGGAGGUGCGGUGCUUACUCAGGCGUCACAAAACAGAGAGAGAAAAACAUGAAAGAGACAAAAUAGUUUCGAAACUGGAUUUAAUGUCACGUGCAGUCCCAAAUUGACAUUAAAUCCAAGUUUGACUAUAAUUUGAUUACAAAUACGAAUUUUGUUAUUGAGUUAUUUUCAGGGUAAAUUUAAGCAAACAGCUUUACAAAUGAAGAAUACACGCAAGCAAAUUGAAAAGGUUAAAAGUUCACGUCGAUGUAUAAUACUUAAAGCGUGUAAAAGUGUCUAACCUUAUUGGACCUCUCUGGUCUUUUAUAUAUUUAUAAACGAAGUGGCAGAAAAUAAAGAAAUUUCCGCGAAA